AUGUACUACUUGGAUAUAUUGGUUGAGUUGGUCGACAGCGUGUAUGAAGACGCCGUCUCGUGGGUGUCGCAUCCGGAUUACUCCGAAGCAUCGUCCAAAUACGCCAUGUCAGCAACGUGUAGCUCCGCUGGUAUCCAACAACCACCUCCAGGCUCCUUCCGGUGCACCAGAGUCUACGCGGGCUACGUGCUCAGCCGCGACGUCUUCUACCGGUGGGCACACAAAGUGACACCCAACUACCCACCCGAAGAAACGGAUGCAAUCGCUGCCUUGUCCCUCCUCAGGCCUCAUGCAGUACCACACGAAUACCCCAGGAACAUUGUCAAGAUUGAAGGGGUAUCGCAGAUUGUCAAGAUUGAAGGGGUAUCGCAGAUUGUCAAGAUUGAAGGGGUAUCGCAGAUUGUCAAGAUUGAAGGGGUGGCCGGCCAUACGAUGCCGAGGGAGAUGUGGGCCUGA